AUGGGCGGGCAGAGGAAACGCGGGAAAGCCAAUGGAUGCGCCGCGCUGAGUGACAGCUGUCCAAUGGGGACGCUCCGUGCUAGCAUCGUUUGGGUUCGAGGGCUUAACCACUCGCCGCCGCCGCCUGAGGAAUGUCAACUAUUCAACAUGGAGGCGGCGGUCACUAAGCUGGAAGUGAUGUUCCAGAAAGCAGAAUCUGAUCUGGAUUACAUUCAACACAAGCUGGAAUUUGAAGUCAAGAAAAGUCUUCCUGAUGAUUCUUCAGGAGAGGAAAAUCCACUUACACUAUUAAAGGAAUUGUCAAUGAUGAAAUCUCGAUAUAAGACUUUGUGUGCCCAAUUGGAACAAGUUGCUGUUGAACAGAAAGAGUCUAUGAACUGUAUUCGUGCUACUUUGAAUAAUACUAUGAAAAUGGUACAACAACUAGAGCAACAAGCAGAUCUAGAGUUGUCACCUCUCACUGAGGAAGAGCAGACUGCAGUACAGCAGUUACAAUCCUCUUCGCAGCUCCAGACAUCAGGAGGACCCGACUUGCAUAAGACAACUCUAAUGUAGUUUUUUAGCAUGAGUUUCUUCACCUUGGUUGAAGUUUUCAUCACAACUUCGUACAGAACUCUGCUGAAUAGGAUACCAAUGAACAGACGAUACAGAUGAAUGUGAAAGCCAGGAGCCUAAACUAUGGAGUUGGAAAGAGCUGAAGUUAAGAAAAAUGGAAAUAGUAAGAUGGACAAGGCAGA